GUGGGGAGCUGGCUCGCGCCUCCUUGCAGAGCUUCAGGCUUUGCGACGCGCAUCGGCAUGGAAUGCUGGGCUGGGAGGAUGAAGAGGUGAGUGACCUCAUCGAAGCAGUCUUCCAACGCAAGGGUUUGCAGGCUCCGCCACAGGAUGCACAGCGGCGGAUGUUCGCCAAGUUCGAUGAG